GUUUACAUCAUCUCCCUUUUUCAUUGUUGAAUUUGUAUCUCCACAUGCAGUCGGAUUUUAGAUGUAACCUUUAUGAAUGGGAGCCGUGAAUAUUAAUUGGACAUGGUAUAAAGAGUAUUCGUUAUUGUCCCAAACGCUUUGAAAGAUAGAUAAAUUCAGGUGGCUUUUAUUCGCAGUUGAACUUUCGUCAAGCAGGUACUAGAAAACGUACGUUUUAGUGUAACGUUUUUGUUAGGCUUCGUUCACAAAGGGUUAACAAGUUUUCGUUCGUCGUUCAUCAGAAGCAUCUCUACGGUGUAAAUGGCUCAUAAGCAUUCAAAGCCACGAGCAUAGACGUAAAUGCUGGCAUCUUCUUUCAUCCAGCCGGAUAGGCUAUACAUGUAUUUGAGCUGUCUUGGGCGGAUGCAAAUGAGCCAUGAAUGAGACAGCGCGGAAGAGUUUUAGCUACGACACGCAUAAAAUCUUACACGUUUCCAUGAUUGCCAUCGUUAUGAUUGGUUCUAUAGUUGGGAACAGCAUUAUUUGCUUUCUUCUUGUCAGAUUCAAGACUUUGCGAACAGUUCCCAAUAUCCUUAUUGUAAACUUGGCUUUCAUUGAUAUUUUAAACGCAGUGACCAACAUGCCACUGAUGAUCAUGUGGUACAUAUACCAAGUUCCGUAUUUGAAAGGACGUGCAAUCUCCUGGUUCAUAGUGACAUGGUACGUGCUUUUCAUGUACCUCACCGUAUUUAAUCUGACGGUGCUUACAAUGGACCGCUUCGGAGCCAUUGUCCACGGAAUUCAUUAUCACUCGUGGAAGACAAUCAACAAGGCGAAAGCAGCAGUGUUUUUUGUGUGGAUUUCUUCCGCUGCCUAUACGUAUGGAAUGUUCACUUUGGGACUGGACAUCGACCUUGGUGACGCCCCAGUGCUUCUGUACAGAAUACAUUAUUUGAAGAAAUUUGGAAGGCAUUUUAUCAUUCCAGGGUAUGUUGUACCUUUCACGAUCAUGGUAGUUAUGGGAGUGACGAUUUGGCGAACCGUGCAUAACCAUAGCAGACGCAUUUCGGCGUACUCUUCUACGGGAAAACAGACCAAAAAUGACGUGAAGACAGCAAAGACGAUCGGCUUGACUGUAGUUGCUUUUUUCUGCAUGGGUGUAUUACCGAUGUUGCUACACAACAUAUCUAAAGUUCACGGUUCAUGGCCUCAUUUCCUCGCUUUCUUUCUCAAUCAUCUAAACAGUAUGGCAAAUCCGAUCAUUUACUCUCUGAAGACUCCUCGGUUUCGUAAGGCGUUUAUUCUGUUCUUGAAGGAACCUUUGGGCAAGUCCCAGCCACUGAUGGCUUCCAAGAAUCGGAUGGAUCUCAAUUCCACAACGAGGAAUUUAUCUUCGAAAGUGGAUAUGUUUCACACCCAGAUCUCAUCUGUUUAAAUCUUGAUGAUAAAUUCUCUUUGUGUAUCACUUUUGUUCCAUUGUACAGCAGUAAUAGUUUGAAAACGUCAACUCGACGUUUAUUGAAUAUGUAACAAGAAUUGGGUUGAGAUUGUUAUUAGGAUACAGUUCACCAGCGUGGACAUUGGAAAAACCCAUAUUUGACGAAAUUCAUCGUUUACAUUUAUUUUUGAUCCAUAAUCUAAAGAUUUCCCUAAGGUUACCUAAGCCAUGAAAAGCAAAGUAACAUUUAUCUUUUAC